AUGCAUUACAUUGUGCUUGCCGCACUGCUCUCUGCCUGUGUGCUGGCUGAUGGUAAGGACUUUGAAAUAUUUAUUUGAUAUUUAUAAGUUGAUUUUUCAUAUCUUAUUUGACACAAAAUAAGAAAUACAAAUGUUGGGAAACAGCCUGAACCCCGUUAACUGAACCCUGAUGAUAGGAAUUAUUUGCCAUAAGAUGUAAUUAUUGUUGAUUUAAUUCUAUAAGUAAAUAAGUUAAAUGGAAAAAUAAAAAAAAAAACUAUUUUCCUUGUGUGUCUUAAAUGGUUACACAUUGACUUAUAUUUGCAUCUCUUGUGUCCACAGUCCAGCCUCAGUACUACUCCUUCUCCCCAUCAGUGGGUUCAGGAAGUGGCACCGCGUACAGUCUGACAGGAGAAGGCAGAAUCACUGGUGUCAGAGUGUGGGACGCCAACAACAACUAUAUCUAUGGGUAAAUAUUCACGUUUUUAUUGUCUCAAGAACACAUGGACAAUAUAGGAUAAUCAAACCCAACCUACUGGAACUGCAUUGACAUAUCAUUUCUAAAACAGCCAGUCAACCAAACUUUUCUUAUGUUUGUCAUUACACGGACAAUGUUUUAACCAUUACUCUGUGCCGUCCUCCUCUAAGGAUUCAAUUCCGUUAUGGCUACGUCUGGUCCCCUGUUGUUGGUUUCCAAAGCGGCGAUUCCAAUGAAAUUCUCCUACAUGAUGACGAAGCAAUCGUCCAGGUUUCUGGGAAGUAUGGCCACUAUGUGCAGUCGUUGGUGUUCAUCACAAACAAAGGCCGCUCACUGUUUGCAGGCCAGCCCUCCGGGAGAUCUUUCAACAUGUAUCCAGCCAACAGCCGAGCAGAGUUGCGCUUCCUCAGUGGGCGCUACCAUGGGGCCAUCACCUCCAUCGGAGCCCACUGGGGCAUGGUCUAUCAACCUUCUAACAGCACAGAUUUAAUGUGA